UUUUUUUUUUGUCUCUCUCUUUUUCUUUUCAACGAAUAAACAAAUCUUUUACCAAUGCAACGUAAAAGUUUAUGGGGUUCUUAUAAAGCACUUCCACCAAAGACUAGAAUAUGGCUAGGUGUUGGUGGUAUGGUGUUUGCUACCGCAGGUAUGGUUCUGUCAGAUUACAUUGAAGAAAAGCGACCAGCAACCGAAGCAGAAAAGGAACAAUUGGAAAUGAUUUCGCCAGUGACUGUAGUGGAUCAUGUACCAAAAGGUCAUUAAAGUGAUUUUUUAUGGAUUUAACUCCUCAUAUUAUGUAUAUACUUUUAGGUAGACACACCCACAUGAUCAAUCAAUUUAUAGAUAUCACAUUAUCCCUGAAAUACAAUAGUAAUAGUCUUCUUUUUAUUUUAUACUUUAUAUUCAUCAAUAAAAAUAAAAUUUGCAUUCCAU